AUGAUUUCUUCAGUCUCAAAGAUCAUCUGUAUGCUGGUAUCAAGCUCUACAGGUCAUGCGCAACAAUCUUGUUUGUCCUCGCUCGAUUGCCAUGGUGAUGAGGUUGAUGGAUUCCCUGCCACUUUGUCCAGCUGCUGUGUCCCUGGUGGAGGGUUGUCUUAUAGAGAGGGCUCUCAAUGCUCUAACUGCUACAGUGAGGAAAGUUUCACAACUGAAGGCAACUCUUUCUACAUUGGUUUCUUCGGCAACUUCAACCCAGGGUCCAGCUCCAGAAUCAACAAAGUUCGGUUUGCUGUCAACUCUGUAACUAACCAACAAGUCACUGUCUUUGUACAAUCUCCCUUGGAUGAUCGUAAAAUCGAAACAUACUCCACUCCAAUUGAAUUUGGCUUUCCAGCCGACAAAAUUAAUCUCCGGAGCCCCGAAGAGAGAGACAAAGGUGUCUACAUUUACUCCAAAGAUGGUGAACCUAUGUCAGUGAUAGCUCUUGCUGAAGAAUUCCAAUCCUCAGAUGCUUUCAAAGUUCUUCCUUGUGUGCAUCACCCUAGCGACGGUUACGAGUAUUAUGCCGUGUCAGUGCCAAUUUCACAGAUAGAACGGCAAGAUGAUUAUGAUGACGACGAUUAUACCCCAGCCAGCGAGUUUCUAGACAUUGAAGGAAGAAGUGCGUUGGUGAUUGUAACUACUGAAGAUGAUACUACAUUGCAAAUCACUUUAACUCAAAAUGUUGAUCUAUUUGCUGACGAUUUAAAGGAUCAAGUCCCUAAAGGGGAGAUAGAAGCUGGUCAGCCAGUAACUAUUAACAUUGCUAAGAAAAUUCAAACUCUAUAUUUAGGAAGUGAUGAAGAUUUGUCAGGUUCAAGAGUCGUCUCCGACAAACCGAUUGCGUUCUUUAGUGGUCACGAGUGUGGAACUGUUCCCAGUAAUAUCAGCUAUUGUGAUCAUAUGAACGAGCAGAUACCACCCACUGCUACCUGGGGCAAGCAAUUCAUCACUGCUCCUCUAGCUAACAGGAGGUCUGGUGACACUUUCAAAAUUGUAGCCUCGAGGGAUAAUACGAAUGUUCAAAUUGGAUGCACUAAUGACGAAUCAAUGUCUAUUUCUCUAGAUAAGGGAGAGAUGAGUCGGUUUAUUACAUCUUCCGACAGUUCAUGCUAUUUUAUGUCGAGUCAACCGAUUCUACUCGUGCAGUUUUCGAUGUCAAGUACUUUAGAUGGCGUGUUUCAUAGUGAUCCGUUCAUGAUUGUCGUGCCCCCUGUGGAGCAGUAUCGCAGUCGCUAUAACACCCACUCAUUUAGAAGUUCUGUCGGUACUAAAGAUCAGAUUGGGUCUUACUUUUUGAACAUUCUAUUACCAGUUGAUACAUUACCAUCUGGAAUUCGUCUUAACGAUAUGGAAAUUUCAAGCAGCGAAAUAACAGCAAUUCCAUGUCCUGAUAGUGAAGAAAUCUGUGCUUACUCAAUACUUGUUGAAGGUGUUAGCGACUCUCCGAUACUACGCCACGUUGACAACAUGAGUAUCAAUGCGAUUGUGUACUGGUACGAAUUUAGAGUGGGCUACGGUUACUUCGCAGGAAUGACCCAAAGGCUGAGUUUGUGAUUUAAGUAGAUGCUG